ACUAACAUCUAGCCGCAGUAAUACUUGAAAAGUAUUGCGGUCCUCGUUCAGACAUAAUUGAGUUUCUCUCGGCUUUUUUUCUCUCUCUCUCAAACCUUUCAACCAACAAAUCUUUUUCUUUGUACUACUAAAAUCCACAUUCUAACCAAUACACUAAACUCACAAGCAUGGAAUAUACCCAACCUUUUUUAGCUUCUUUCUAGACUCUGAGUUUUGUUUUUUGAUCAAUGAUCAUGUAGUUUUUUAAGGUAGAAGGUAGAUUGAAACAGAGGAAGAAUACAUAUUCUUUCUUGUUUGUUGAAUUCAAAAAUGAGUCUGUCUUUGACUGUAAUGACGUUUAAUCUGCAUGAAGAUCAAUCAGAAGACAGCCCAGAUUCGUGGGAGAAGAGAAGGGAUUUGUGCAUAAGUGUCAUCACUAGUUACUCCCCUAUCAUUCUUUGUACUCAGCAAGGUGUAAAAUCUCAACUGGAUUAUCUUCAGCAGGGCUUGCCAGGUUAUGAUCAGUUUGGGGUAUCAAGAAAAGGGCCUCAGGACACUUCAGACGAACAUUGCACAAUCUUCUAUGACAAGGAGAAGGUAGAGCUGAUUGAAGGUGGAACUUUUUGGUUGUCUGAGUCACCCUCUGUCCCUGGGAGCACAGCAUGGGGUUCUGUAGUUCCAUGUAUUGCAACUUGGGCUACAUUCCAACUUAAAGGAGUUGAGCCACCAGGAUUCUCAUUUCAGGUUGUAAAUACAAACAUGGAUGAGUUCAGUCCUCGUGCUCGUAGACGAAGUGCUUUGCUUACAUGGCAACAUAUUGCAUCCUUACCUCCUAGCUUACCGGUUGUGUACUGUGGAGGAUUUAACACACAGAAGGAAUCGACUACAGGGCGUUUUCUUCUUGGGAGAUCAAGAGAGCAUGGUGUGGUGGGAGACAUGAGGGAUGUGUGGCCCAAUGCCCGGGUGAGGAAAAAUGUUUCCCUUAUCCGCACUUAUCACGGCUUUAAAGGUGACAAGCAGGGAGCUCUUGAAUUCCUUAAGUUGAUUUUCAGAGCGCUCUGCCUCUGCUGGGACCGCCAAACUCAGGAUCUACACAUAGACUGGAUUCUUUUUAGGGGUAGAUCUCUGAUACCUGUUUUAUGUGAAGUGGUCAACGAUAACAUGGAUGGUUAUUACCCAUCCUCACACUAUCCUAUAUUUGCUGAGUUUCUACUUCCACGUACUGUGAGAUUGAUAGAACCACCUACACGUACACAAGAGGAAAACUAGAAUGCUAUUUGUUUAUAAGCUGCACUGUUCUUUUCUUCUUUGAAGCUUCAACAUGUUGUCCUUUCUUAUGGGCAUAUAGGUCUGUCUCAAUUCAGCUGGUGACAUUGUCUUCCCGAAUCUUGUGGCCAGAAGGGGAGGGGCGAAAAAGUGAAGGUAUUUUGAAAUUUGAUUCCAGCUUGUGUGUUUCCAGGUCAUUACUUGAGUUACUUUCUAUUUUCCAUUACGUAGUCCAGGGAAUGGACCAAAAAGGCAGGAGAAAGGGGGCAGAUGUUAGGAAAGAAUGGGCAAUUUUUUGAUUAUUGUGAACCUUUGUUAGUUUUCGGAAAUUCAUUCUUUUGGUUAUGGAAAUGACCUGUUGUCCUAGGUUGAUGACUUCCAGCUCAGGUACCAGGCUCUAUCCUAUCAUCUUAACACUCGGCAUGCAGCUUAUGCAACAGUAUAUGCUGCUUAUUCAAGCUUGAUUGAUAAUAGUUGAUAAAUUAUUCUUGGUCCA